AUGGCUUUGGCUGUUCUCAAGCACGAAUUGGAUACUUGGGAUGCAGCUCUUCAAGCGUACGAUUCCGAGGACCUGGAUGGCGCUUUAAGUAUAUUCGAGAAAAUUUCGGAUACUUCCAAGGUCGCAAUGAAUGUUGGGUUGAUACACAUGUACCAAGGAAACUUUGGUCAUGCCAUCGCCAAAUUCACAGACGCGAUUGAACUUGACCGUUUCCUUGCCGUUGGGUAUUUUCAACGCGGAGUGUGCCAUUACAAGCUCAAAGCAAUGGAAAAGGCGUUGCAGGACUUUGUCGAUGCUGAAGUCAUGAUGAGAGGAAAUCAGGUUGUCUAUUAUCAAGAACUCGGCCUACAAUUCGAGUUGCAUACCGACAGAAUCCUUCUCGACCGUGGUCUUACCUUGAUACAGCUCGGGAGGUAUGAUGACGGUAUGAAGCUGGUAUGGGAGUCGGGUUCACUCAAAGAAGAGAACUCCGAGAUAUAUGCAAUGGUAUGUGCAUUCAGCGGUACUUAUUCAUGUACCAACGGACUGGCUCUUUCAAAAGCCGACAGGACUAUUAUUUCGCCCUCCCGCAAGUAA